CAAACACUCAACCGGCUGAACCAUGAAGGUGGCAGUGAUCUUUGUGCUCCUCUCCCUGGGACUUUUCUGCUCAGUUGGGGACGCUUGCCCUGAUUUCCAGAAAAUGGUAAAUGAUUACUUGGAAUCCUCCACCGAGGCUUUACUGGCAGAUAUCGCUCCUUACGAGCCCUCAGACAACGCUCUGGAAGCUAUGAGGGCCUUGAAACAGAGCAGUGAUGCCUUCACAGCUGCCGAAAGGAAAUCUGUUGGGGAAACUCUGUAUAAAAUGGCCAAAAAGUGUUAAAAUCCAAAUGAUGAAAACUGAGCCCUUCGCUACUUGGAAUGCUGCUGUGACCCCGAGUGGAUCUUUGAUGGAGCGGUACCCAGGCACUGGACAUCGUUUCCCUUCCAAAUUGGCAACCCGUGAUCUUUUCCAAAGAUUUGAAGCGAAUUACUGUGCUCCGGAGAAUGGAGCAAUUUAUCUAAUGCUGUAGACUCACUUCUCACACUCCUCUAAUAAAGAAA